AUGUCAUCUGCACGCCUUAUCGUGGGCAGUCUCCCAAACAUCCGCCGGCCACGAGUCGGAUGCUUCUCGAUUUGUCUGGUAAUUGUCCUGGCAUAUGGUCGGACGCUUUGUCGCAGUUUCGUCGGGAAAGCAUCUGAAUCGAGCGGGACGUCUGGCGACCUGUGCAAGGAUUUCAAGAAGGGCUUGUCGGGUCAGGUUAUAUGCGAUGGUCUGGCGAAGUAUCCUUUUGAAUGGGGCAACGCAGAUUGCAACGGCAUUCUUCCCUUGCUGGUGGUUCGGCCAAGUACCGAUGAGGAUAUAGCCUUGACCGUGCGUCGCAGCACUACUUUUGGACUUCCUCUCAGCGUUAGAAGUGGUGGACACAGUUACACUUGUGAUGGAAUCAAGCCCGGUUCUGUUCAUUUGGAUUUAAGAUCCAGAGUGCGGAAGCAGCUCUACCACGAGAGCUCUGGGUGGUAUGCUGAAUUCGAGACUGGCAACACGUUUCGCGAUUUGUUUCGGAUUAUUGAUCGACGCCGUUUCUCCAUUGUGCAUGGCGCGUGCCAUGCUGUGGGCGUGGGCGGCUUUUACCUGCAUGGUGGUCUACAUAUGAAUUCAUUGACAGCCCUCUACGGCUGGGGGAACGAGACCAUUGUGAGCAUGAGGGUGGUGACUGCCGAUGGCCAGAUUCGGGCCCUGAGCGCGUCGUCUGCGCACCAGGAUCUCUGGCGAGCGAUGCGGCAAGCAGGGUCGAACUUCGCGAUUGCGACGUCCUUGACUGUCAAGGUCUUCGAAGCCCCGGAGCCGUUCACCUGGCUGUUCUGGGUGAAGAUGUCGCACGAUGAGGUCGUGAGCCUGUUUCGGAGAGCCAUGUCGGAUGAGCAGGUUCAGUUGAACAUCUACUACGUCAACCCACCGUUUUUCCAGGUCAGCCUCAGCCGACCCGAGAUCUUCACCGUCCAGUUUACCUUGCUGCAUGGUCCAGCCAACUACUGGCAGAACCUGCAAGCCAGCUUGGAUUGGUUCAAGUCCCAUAAGGUGGCUCUUUCUUGGUGGACGAUUGCCUUCAAUGCUGUAAUGCCCAAGCCAGAUGACUUGACGCAUUUGGGAUAUCCCAAAGCUUGGGUCUCGUCUCAGGCCAUCUGGCCGGCGAAUUCUGCUUGCACAGACGAAGCCUUGCAUCUGCUCUUGGACUUGCAGUCGACAGUGGUAAAGCGUGCGGCCUUCCACACUUUUCGCAAGGUAGAGUGCUGGCUGACUUUCACCGAGCUGCCUCGUGGCCAGAUCUACUACGAGUACAACUGCCCAAGUCGACCUACGUAUGUUCAACACAUCCAGACCGUCGAGCAGCGCUUCGUUGCUGCCUGUCCAAAUUCUGUUAAAUACCGCAACACACCCCACUGGAAUGCCAGUGCCGGCCGCUACUAUCCUGAUUCUCGGGAGCUCUUGCAGACAAAGAGAAAGUGGGAUCCACUGAAUCUGCUUGGGCCCCCCACCAUGUCUGUGCAUGACCUUGCAUAG